CGAGCUGAGAGAAGAAACACUCGACCUCAGUUCUUCCCAACCAUCCCAACCAUUGAUCCCUACCCAUCUUACUGCAGGCUAGUGAUUGCGACUCAGUAAGACCCGGCAGAAGAGUAUAUGAACUCCUGGAUGCAAUAACAACACCCCAGUGACCGUUAUAUUCCGACGAUUUUCAACUCCUCUCACUUCCCUCACCCUAUCGAUCCCACUACGACUCGUUCCUGGUCGACAAAUCGACAACCCGAGGACAAAAUGAAGCGCAAACUUGACGAGACCGAAGACCCCGAAAAGGGAACAAAGCCGAAAAAGACAGUCGAGGCGAAAUCUUUUGGAGAACUAGACCUUGAUCCCCGCCUGCUUCAGGGCGUCGCUGCACAGGGCUACCGCCAUAUGACCCCGAUUCAAAGCACGGCCAUUCCCCUGAUCCUCGAUGGGCGAGACGUCAUUGCAAAGGCCGUCACCGGCUCCGGAAAGACGGCGUCAUAUCUGCUCCCCGUCUUGCAGAAAAUCAUUACACGAAAGGAGAGAGGGAGCGGGAAAGACGCUGCAGCCCCGGUCACGUCGUCACUGAUCCUCGUGCCGACGAGGGAACUCGCCGAUCAAGUAUUCAAGGUCAUCGAAUCCCUCACGGUGUUCUGCAAGAGCAUCCAGGCCGUCAAGCUCACCGACAAGCUCUCUGCCACCGUUCAGAGGAGUCUCCUCUCCACAAACCCCGACAUUGUCAUCGCGACACCGGCCGGCGCAUGGACCAACGUGAGCAGCGGUGCCCUUCCCCUCGAGCAUCUGGUCCACGCCGUCCUCGACGAGGCCGACCUCGUGCUCAGCUACGGCUACGAGGAGGACCUGCAGAACGUGGCUCGUUCGAUGCCCAAAGGCGUGCAGACGAUCCUCAUGAGCGCCACACUGACCCCCGAGGUCCAUACCGUCAAGGGGCUCUUCUGCCGGAACCCGGCGCUGCUGGACCUGGAAGAACCGCAGGGAGAAGGAGAGGGCAUCGUGCAGUACGUCGUGAAGUGCAGCGAGGAAGACAAGUUCUUGCUCGCCUACGUCAUCUUCAAGCUGCGGUUGAUCCAGGGCAAGGUGCUCGUCUUCACGCAGGACGUCGACAGGUGCUACAAGCUCAAGCUCUUUUUCGAACAGUUCGGCAUCCGGAGCUGCGUGCUCAACUCGGAGCUUCCGGUCAACAGCCGGAUCCAUGUGGUCGAGGAGUUCAAUAAGGGCGUAUACGACAUUAUCAUCGCCUCUGACGAGAACGAGGCGCUAGGCGACGAGGAGAAGGACAAAGGCGGCGACGAGGAAGAGCAGGACAACGAAGGGGGGGAGGAGUCGUCAAAAACGACAAAGGCAGCAAAGGCGGACAAGAAGGGCAAGUCCAAAAAGAGAGAGAAGCCUUCGCGGAGGGAUAAAGAGUUUGGUAUAUCUAGAGGUAUCGACUUCAAGAACGUCGCCGCCGUGGUCAAUUUCGACCUCCCCACCAGCGCCAAGUCGUACAUGCAUCGCAUAGGACGUACCGGCCGGGCGGGCCAGACCGGCAUGUCCCUAUCCUUCGUGAUCCCCGAAGACCAGUUCGGCAAGCACCCCCACUCCAUGGUCGACUCGGCCGAGCACGACGGGAAGAUCCUCGCCCGCAUCGUCAAGCAGCAGGGGAAGCUGGGGCGGACGGUGAAAGACUACCAGUUCGACCUGGACCAGGUGAACCGGUUCCGCUACCGCAUGCACGACGCCCUGCGCGCCGUGACCCGCGUGGCCGUCCGCGACGCCCGCCUGCGCGAGCUGCGCCAGGAGAUCAUCAAGAGCGACCGCCUGCGGCGCCACUUCGAGGAGAACCCGCAGGAGCUGGCCCACUUGCGCCACGACGACCCCCUGCGCGCCGCGCGUACCCAGGCGCAUCUGCGCCACGUCCCGGACUAUCUUCUGCCCGACGAGGGGAAGAAGGCGCUCGCCCCCGAGGAGCUGGGGUUCGUGCCGUUGCGGAAAAAGAAUGAUCGGAGGAACGCCAGCCGGAGGGCCGGGGGGAAGAAGUCGAGUCAUAGGGUGUUCAAGGUGGGGAGGAAGAAGAGUGAUCCGCUCAAGUCGUUCAAAGCGAAGUCAAAAUAGGGGGAGAAGGGGUCGUGGGAGAAGCGAAUCUUAAGGUAGUUUUUGUCCUGUCCAAGUUUUAUAAAGGUGUAGUAGUGCCGACGGUCACGCAUGGGAAGACGAGAAUACCACGAUUGCCCGGCUUUACUUACCCUACGCAUGCGUUGUGAACCGCGUGGUGCAGAGCGGGAGGAUGAAGCUGAUGCUGCUUUUCUAACUACCUACCUACCUACCUACCUACCUAGUAAGCAUAUCAACAAGGUGCUCGGGCGCAAUGCGGCCUUCGUUUCCUUGACUUGCUCAGUUUU